UAUUUGGCUAAGAAGCUUGGCUUUGACACGUUAUGGUUUGGUUACCUGCAAACUACAGUCGGUCUUGCACAGCUGAUCGGGGGUCCUGUGUUUGGAAGGUUUGGAGACCUGUUCGGAGCUCGAGCAGCCUUGACUCUCGUGUGUUGUGCAAAUGUCGUUUUCUUUGUGCUGCUGGCUUUGGCCAACCAUCCCAUUUUACUCUUUGUGCACAAAAUCCCCACCAUCUUCAUGCACAUCGUGCCUGCUUGUCAGAUGGUCCUCACAGAUCUGUCAGAGCCGGACAAGCGAGCCGAUGUUUUGUCCAAGACUGGCCUGUGUUUCGGCAUCAGUCUGAUCUUUGGCUCCACGUUAGGGGGGCAGUUAAAUGCCCGCUUUGGGGAAUCAUUUACAGCAUUUUUUGGUGCUGCAGUAAGUGCCUUCAAUUUGCUGCUGGUUUUAUGCUUCAUCCCAAAGUUUACAAAGACCGAGGCUCCUCAAAGCAGCAAUAAAACUGAGAGCCAAAACCAGGGAGUCUUCAGCCUCAGAGAAAUCACACGACUCAUGAAGUAUCCACGAGUGAUGCAGAUUUUUCUCAUCAAAGUGAUUGGAGGUUUGCCUGCAGGAAUAUUUCAGGUCAUGUUCUCCAUCGUGUCAAUGGACUUUUUCUCGCUGCAGCCGGAGGAGCACAGCUACCUGAUGGCCUUUUUUGGGAUUGUUCAGAUGGUCAUUCAGGGAGCCGUCAUUGGUCGACUCGCCAACAGAUUCCCUGAGAAGACACUGCUGCUGUUAUCCAUCGGAGUUGCUGCGUUGGUGGGCUUGGUUCAGACCUACAUGGAGACAGUGUUCCAGCUCUGUAUCUCCAUCACGCUGAUGCUGUUCUCGCUGUCUGUGCUGAACGUCAUCACAGACAGCAUCCUCACCAAAAGUGUGCCGUCCUCUGACUCUGGAACCAUGCUGGGGCUGUGUGCAUCUGUGCAGUCCCUGAUUCGCACCAUCGGACCAACAGCGGGGGGCUUCCUGUACGUGAACUACGGCCUUCCCUCUCUGGGGCUCAUGCAGCUCGUUGUGAAUGGAACUGUGUUCGUUUACCUGCUCUACCGACGCCUCAGGAUGUCUGAGAAAGACGACUGACACCUGUUUUUAUGUCAUGAAACCAUCGUUUGUUCUUUGAAAUGCAGGGCAUUCAUUCAUCAACUGAGAUCAGAUCAAAUCAUUGGAGUUUGUUUCAGUCAAAUUUGAUAUUUUACUAGUGAGCGCAAGUCAGACGCUUACCACUAGGUGGCAGCACAUUCUUAAAUGUGGCUCGACAUUGAAUCAGUUUGCUGCCAUAGACUGUAUAUAAAAUAACUGGACAGAGCAAGCCCCCCUCCUUCCGUGUUCCAUAUAGGAAGUACCACUGGGUCAUGACUCAGCUAUGACUCAGACCAAUCGCUGAAGAUUGUUUGCAAAUGGCGGUAUCCUUUUCAGGAAGUGACGGUGAAAGCGGCGGCCUACUUUCGCGAGGAGAGGAAGUAAUACAUUUCCAAUGGGGGACCUCAUUGGAAAUGCUCAGUCAUCGCUCAGUCCAUUAUUUUUACAGUCUAUGUUUGCUGCACUAAAGAACUUUUAGGAAAUGAAUAUAUGAACUUAAGCCAAAACGCAAUUCCUACUGAAACAUUCUCAGAUUUAUUGUGAAAUGUAUUUCACUUAAAAUUUUACUUUUGCUAAAUCUAAGGAAUGUUUGUUUCUGUAAAUUUCACGCUUAAAAACUAAUAUAAAAGUCUCAAAAACAAA